AAGCCGACCGUCAUCAAUGCCUCAAUCGCCUGGACACCAGGAGCUCCCAUUUCAGAAAUGAUAGUCAACUAUGACUUCCAACUACAGUGGAAACAGGAGCUACAUCACUGGGAGGAUGCUGUGGAGGUGAACAUAUCAAAUAAACAGACAUAUUUUGACCUGGACCCUGAGAUGCUGGAGAGAGGAAGGAGGUACCAGGUCAGAGUCCGGGUUCGAGCCGACCCAGACAAUUACCCAGCCUGUCAGUGGAGCGACUGGAGCCCCAGUGCAUCAUGGGUCUCCACUCUGGGCCAGAUGAAGCCAACAGAUAGUCCUGAUGUUCUAGACCAGGACUUUGUGGUGGUCACCGUGGUGGGAGCUGUUGUUGUACUGGUCCUGCUGGUCUCCAUGUUGCUCUGCAAAGGAAAGGUCAAGAAUAUUCUGAAUCCUCCUAUACCAGAUCCCUCCAGGUACUUUGAGGGCCUCAACCUCCAUCACGAUGGAAACUUCAAGGCUUGGCUGGGUCCUUUGUUCGCCUUUGAAGCCGUCGACUCUGCCUUGCACCGUGAAGACAUCUCCCAGGUAGAGAUUACCAACAACAUUGGCACCAUCGCCCCCCUGAGGAGGGAGACCGGUACUGCACUACUACUGAAGAAGAGAUUGGACUUAAGCAUCUUCUUAUCUCAAUUCUCCCAGCCUGGAUCCACCUCCAUCAAGCUGGAACCCUGCUCUGUACACUCCCCUUACGGACCAGUAGGGGGCACUACUGAAGCGAUAGAUGAGUGGAAGGAGGAGAACAGAGGAGAUAGGAUGGAUAGUAAUAGAGGUGUAGGGGGGAAGGACGAAGAUAUCAGGGGUGGAGGGAAGGAUGGAGAGAUGUAUGGUGGAAGUAUAUUUGGAGGCAUCAGUGGAGGUCAAGAUAUCGUCCAGGUUUCUUCUUACGAGCGUGUUGAGAAGCUCCAGGCCGAGCGUCGGGCCCUCAUAAGCCCAGAUUCAGGCAUCAGCAGUGGGGCAGAGGAUCAGGAAAGUCAGGAGAGCGUGGAGGAUGCGGUCGGGCCUAUUGCAUCCACCCCCCAUUUAGUCUCUCAGGACUUCCAUCUUGUUCCGCUUCUUCCUCUUAUCAAUAACAAUAACUUUACAUUCUGCUCCACCCCCUUACCCAUUUCCCUGUCCUCUUUCCCCCAGCUUCCCUUCACCCUACCUGGGUUGGAUAGUGUAGGGGGAAAGGGUACGGAGAUGGGGGUUGGAGGAGGUUCUCUCACAAUGUCUUCCUCCUAUGAACGUGUGGAUAAUCUCCAUCUCCAGGCCCAACUCUUGGCCCCUCAGAGCCCAGAUUCAGGCAUUGGCAGUGGGGGAGAGGAUCAGGAGAGCCAGGAGAGCGUGGAGGAUGAGGUCAGGCCAACUGUGACCCCCUGUAACCAUAUCCCUCUUAUUACCACUAACAAUAUAUUUCCCUUCUGUUCCACCCCCUUACCAAUCCCGCUGGAUGUUUUACCCCAACUACCCCUCACCUUCUCUGGGUUUGGGAUGGUUCCAUCCCUGGGACCCAGUACUAGUACCAGUCAUCAAGACAGGCUGUUGGAGAUGUCUCUCCUGUCUUCUUCAAUGGCAAUAGAGCCCUCUAGUGGCGGCUACAUGCCAGUGAAAGAAGCUCAGAACUGAACCAUGAAAACAUUUGACUAGGGAGGGACUAAUGAUGUAUAUAUACACUAGAUGACUGACAGGCUGUUUUGAAGCCACCACUCCUCCAUCUGGGCAUUCCCCCUCCAUUGUAAAAAAAAUACUUUGGAAGCUAUAGAAAUGCAUUUACUAAUGUCUACAUUUGUUUUUACCACAUGUAUUCUAUUUCAGACACACUUUUUUAAGAACUAAUGUAACUGUCCCCACUACAACAACAACAAAAGACUUACAAAUACGUCAUUUGGUCUUUGAAACAUUUCAAUGACAUACUGUAGAAUUCCAUCCAUUCCAAUAGAGCUCCACAGUGGAGGUGCCAUAAUACCCAUAAAACCUAGCGUUCAAACAGGGAAACGGUUCCAAUUGCUUUUCCACCAUUCAUUUUUCCCUUAAGGGAUUUUAGAAACACUUAAAAUAAGGCCUGUGGCCUCCUGAGUUGCGCAGUGGUCUAAAACUUUGCAUCGCAAGCUGUGUCAGAGCCCGGCCGUGAGCGGGAGCCCCAUAGGGCGACACACAAUUGGCUCAGGGUUUGGCCGGGGGGCUUUCCUAGGCUCAUCGCACUCUAUCAACUCCUUGUGGCGGUGUUAAAGUGUUAAACAAAUCAAAAUAUAUUUCAGAUUCUUCAAAGUUGCCACCUUUUGCCUUGAUGACAGCUUUGCACACUCUCAGUGUUCUCUCAACCAGUUUCA